GCUAUAUAAGUAUAAACCCUAAUGUCCCUCCCUCUUCUCGGUUUAUUCUGUUUGCACGUGCAGUCAUCCCGUUCCCGAUCUGAAUUCUAUGGCGAGCAACGACCCCGACCGCGAGGAGGACGCUGCGGAGGCUACUGCCGCCGGCGAGGAUGAGGACACCGGCGCCCAGAUUGCCCCUAUCGUCACCCUCUCGGAGGUCGCCGUCACCACCGGCGAGGAGGAAGAGCACGUCCUCCUCGAUUUAAAGGCGAAGCUGUACCGGUUCGACAAGGAAGGGAACCAGUGGAAGGAGAGGGGCACGGGGAAUGUGAAGCUUCUGAAGCACAUCGAGACGGGCAAGGUGCGGCUGGUGAUGCGCCAGGCUAAGACCCUCAAGAUAUGCGCCAACCAUCUAGUUCUUCCAUCGAUCAAGAUUCAGGAGCACGCUGGGAAUGAUAAGUCGUGCGUGUGGCAUGCGGCUGAUUUCGCUGAUGGGGAAUUGAAGGAGGAGAUGUUCUGCAUUCGAUUUGGUUCUGUAGAAAACUGCAAGAAAUUCAUUGAGACGGUGGAAGACAUCACGGAGUCUGACGGAAAGCAUGUUGAGAAAGAGAGCAAGGAUGCCUCAGAUGCUGCUGGACUCUUGGGCAAAUUGAGUGUAGACGAGAAAAAAACGGAUGAGGCUGCAGUUCCCCCUGCUGCUGCUUAUGUCAAGGCAGAAGAUGAGAAGUCAGAGGCAGAAACCAAAGCUUAGGAACUUACAAAAGCCAAGGACUGAAGGGUGUCCAUUUAUCAAAAAUAUGAUGGUUAUACUGGGUUAAAUUAUAAAUUUUGCAUGUUAACCAAAAAUUUACUUCAAUAUCUCAAGGGACCGAGCUAGAUUUGCAUAGAUCAAACUGAGAUAAACCGUGGUCAGUGUCUUCCACAUGGCUUUGUGACAUGCCUGUUGAGUGAUUCAUUGGUUGUUUUAAUCGUCGUGUCAGUGCACAUUGUUUGAAUAUUGAUGUCAUCGCAUUGAUUGUUUGUCA